AUGAAAGUCUUCAGCUCUGUCAUCUCCGGCAUUGCCCUGGCUUCGCUGGGCGCUGCGUCACCUCAGGCUACAAUUACCCCCCAGGUCACCAUCUACGGUGAGCCAAACUACCAAGGCGCGGGGCAGACCUUCCCCGCUGACGGUACCUGCCAUUCCUUAUUCCCAUGGAUUGAAUCAGUUCUCAUCCCUCCUGGAGAGUUCGUCUACUGCCAGCUUUUUAACAAAGCCAACUGUGAAGGGCAGGGUGAUGAUGUGAUUGUUGCUUCCCAUCCGGCUUUCACGGCUGAGCAGAUUUAUCCUGGUAUUAUUUGUGGUGUGCUCUCCUAG